UUAGCAAGGUUCCAUCCACAUCAGGGGAGGGCAAAAUUACAAAGGCACCACUUGCAUCCACUAGCAAGCCUGGCAACACAAAAAAGGCUGUCCAGGUACCGAUGAAGCCUAAUGUUGCUAAUGAUGCAAAGGACUGCAAGAAGCCGAAGGCAAAACCUAAGUCUGAGGGUAGUCGGUCUAACUCUCUCAUCCUCUUUAACGUACCUGUGAGCACGGAUAGCUUGCUCGAACAACGGGCCCUGUUUGAUCAGGAACAGUGGUCCAACCUGUGCGGCAAACUAGGUCUGAACAUUAGUUCAGCAAAACUGUGCAGACUGUACAGGGGUGUCCACACGCCUCAGGGUAAGCCACCCCCAUUACGGGUUACACUGGACUCUGCCGAAGAGGCCGAAAAAGUACUGUUAAUGGCUCAGGUACUAGCCCUGGACAGAAGUUCUAACAUAAGAGCGCGGCAAGAUAGACCAUGGGCUGUCAGAAAUAUGGCGAGGGAGUCACCGGAACUGAUGCCUUCCACCUCUAUGGUGGUACACGGUGUUCCGGAGCUGGAAACCGGCACUGCUUGUGAAAAACACAUGCACGACGUACAACAAUGGAGAUGGCUGUCAUCUCAGAUGGCCCCUGGCGCUUCUGGAGCCAUCUCCAUUUUCCGACUACCUCGUCCCGCUCAUCUAACAUUGAUUAACUCUCCAAAGCUGCUGUGUGUCACAUUCAACUCCCCGGAGCAGUUGUCCAUAUCACUUCAACGGUGGUAUGAGACCAAGGGAAAAAUUGGAGGACACAUCCGAUGCUGUGAAAGCAGACCCAGAAAUAUAAGGAGGCAGCAAACUGAGGCUUUAAUACGACCCCAAGCUUCGGUGACACUAGAGCGAUGCAGCUCUGAGAAUAAUAGUCUGUGUCUCCCAAGUGUCCUGCCUAAAUCCAUUGAAAAAAACUACAACGGGCCGGUUCUAUCGGAAUCGGCCAACUAGUUCCAACAUCAAGUCCCCCACCAGCAGACGGUUUCACGUCAACUACCCCACAACACUCUGAGGUUGUUAGACUCACUGUCAGUUGCCUAUAUAGCAAUGUGAGGGGGCUGAGAGGGAAAGUAGGUGAACUUCGAAAUCUCCAAGCACACCUUCAACUGAAAAUAAUCAUUCUUACUGAAACGUGGCUAAACCCCACUAUCGCCGACAAUGAAAUCAGUAUAGGUGAUAUGGUACUGGUCAGGAGAGACAGGGAUAAUAAGGAAGGAGGGGGAGUUGCUAUAUACUUUGAUAGGCAACUUAAAUGUGUGCGCGCAACGGACCCACCACUUAUCGAACUCCCAGACUCCAUAUGGUGUCAUUUCACCGUAG